GGACUUUGGAGUCGCUGCGGCUGACAUGUUUCAGCGUAUGCUUCGAGACAUGGAUGCAGCUUAUUUUAUAGUUAGUCGCGCGAAGAUCCCAGAUCCUUUAGGAGUUCAAUUAUACGCAAGGAGCUCUUAGUUAGUUCGUGCGCGUUGCGUAGCAACUUGCUUCGCGGGUACACACGGAACUAUACCAGUAGACUUUUUAUCUGGGUAUAUCUGAUAAAUAUGGGUAUAUCUGAUCUGGGUAUAUCUAUCAUCUACGGUCUACUAUCUGAUCUGGGUAUAUUAUUUGAUAUACUACGAGUAUAACAGCAUGAUGAUCGCGACGCGUUGGUGCCGGACGAAAAAGGGCCACACUCGUAGGCCAUCCAUCGCUGAACGACAGAUGACGUUGACUGUCCCCGCGAUUCUUUCCUACACCAGCGGUCGAAACACCUACCAGGAAACUACUACUAAUACUUCUACAGGUACAUGAUCAGCAGUUGUGAAAGUAAGUAUAAAGUAUGCCUUUGUAGGUAGUUUACAGCCUGCAUGCUUGAAAUUAACUAAAGUGAGACAAGGAAUCCUGCUGGAUGCAGAUUUGGAAACGAACUUGAUGAACACACAGAAACUCUUAGACGCUUAAGCAUAAGCGUGCACGAGUCAUAUCGAUGAAUGUUAUCGUCAAGAAGUAGAAUCAUCAUCAGCGAUGAAGAACAAAUGGCACUUAUUUUUUACUUCCGUGGACUAGUAGCAGCGUUUGUGGACUAGCAGAGUAGUCUUUCCAAAGCCGUACAGAUUUUAGGUUAGCUGAUGUUGAGAACAAAUUACAGCCCAUACUCAUAACGCGGAACUAGAACAAAGAAGUUUUUAUAAUGCCAAAUUCGUGACAGUGACAAAUCGUCCAGAGAUGAAACUAUAUCUCCUAAUUCUAUUUUUCGAGGAUGGAGAUAAGGCUAAGGACAUGGACUUGGACCACGACAUGGCUUGGGGUUUAUAGAAAUCGAAAUCACGGGAACGCUGCGUCUUGUG